AAAAAAACAGCAAAGGCCGAAAUUCAGGUUUGGUAGGUGGAAAUUCAGUUAUAAAUGUCUGGGUGAUGGCAGUGGGAGAGGGGUCAGCAAUGGGGAAAUAGUUUGACAGUAAGGGACAUGAGACUGGGGGUUUGGGGUUGUCUAAAGAGACAGUCUCUGUGUGCACACCGAGCGAGUUUUUCAGAGUGAAUCCCAAAAUACAGAAAUCUACAGUUUAACCCUGUGUGUGCCAGACAGAGCUAUUUCUAGUGUGUUAGUGCAGUGCUGUUUGGGUAAAGCUGUGUAGAUGCAGUUUGUUAGUGCACAGGGCUGGCGCGUCCUUUUGGCAUAUUAGGCGGCCAGCUAGGGCACUUCUCAAGGGGGGCGCCAGCAGCAGCUUUACUGCUGAUUUGGGCUGCCUCCCCUCUAUUUGGGUUAAAGUCUGUAGUUCAUGCCGCAGGUGAUGGCACCGGGCGCUAGGGAGCACUUACAUAGCUGCAGACUAGCGCCCGGUGCCAUCAACCUCAGACCGCAAAGUUCACAGAGCCGCCCCCCACCUCUCAUGACGGCAGCGCACAGGCGCAUUGUUCGAUCCCUCCCAGCCUUCCCCUGCACUCGGGGUCAAGUGGACGGGAGGAUAGCGGAGGCAGAGCUGAGAGAGAGUGGAGGCAGCCAGGCGCAGUCCAGAAGCCUGGGACACACGGAGAGACUGAUUCAUUGUGAAAUGAAAGGAAGAGGGGCACUUACUAGUGUGUGUGUUUUAAAGAAUGUGUAUCAGUCUGUUUGUGUAUGCUUGGAUCGGUGUGUGUGUCUGCUUAGGUCAGUACAUGUGCGUCUGUUUGAGGCAGUGUGUGUCUACUUUGAACAGUGUGUGCGCAUCUGCUUGGGUCAGUGUCUCUGUGUCUCUUUGGGUUAGCAUGUGUGUGCUUGGGUCAGUGUGUGAGUGUGUCUGCUUGGGUCAGUGUGUGUAUGUGUCUGCUUGGGUCAGUGUGUGAGUGUGUCUGCUUGGGUCAGUGUGUGUAUGUGUCUGCUUGGGUCAGUGUGUGUAUGUGUCUGAUUGGGUCAGUGUGUGUGUGUCUGCAUGGCAGUCUACAUGAGUCAGUGUAUCCCUGCUUGGGUCAGUGUGUGUCUGUCACUCUGCACGAGUCAGUGAAUUUGUGUGCAUUGGUCACUGAUUCUGAUUGUGUGGACCAUUGAGUGUAAGUGAGUGAAUGAGUGUGUGCGUGAGUGUGUGUAUGUUUGUGUCAGUGACUGCAUUUGGACGUGAAGGACCAUUUUAAUUUUUUUGUUAAAUCAAUACUUUUAGAGGAGCACUAUAGUGUUAGGAAUAUAAACCUGUAUUCUGAAUAAUAUAGUGUCUCUGUCCCUGCAUAGAUUCAAGCCAGGGGCUCACAAUACCACACGAAUGGGGCGGCUAUUUUUUUUUUUGCCUAGGGCGGCUGAAAUCCUUGCACGGGCCCUGUUAGUGCAGUGCUGUUUGGUUAAAACUGUGUAGAUGCAGUGCUGGUAAUGCAGUGUGUUAGUGCAAAGCUGUGUAGAUGCAGUGCAUUAGUGCAGUGCUGUUUGGGUAAAGCUGUGUAGAUGCAGUGCUGGUAAUAUAGUGUGUUAGUGCAGUGCUGUUUGGGUAAAGCUGUGUAGAUACAGUUAGUUCACUGCUGAUAGGGUAAAGCUGUGUAGAUGCUGUGCUGGUAAUGGAGUGCUGUAAGGUUACAGCUGUGUCGAUGCAGUAUGUUAGUUCAGUGCUGUUUGGGUAAAGCUGUAUAGAUGCAGUGCUGGUAAUGCAGUGUGUUAGUGCAGUGCUGUUUUGGUAAAGCUGUUGAGAUUCAGUCUCAGUAAUGCAGUGAGUUAGUGAAGUUUGGAUAUGGUAGAACCAUAGAGAUUUAGUGCCAGUAAUGCAGUGUAUCAAUGCAUGAUAGGGCGGAGCUACAGAGAUGCAGUAUUGGUAAUGCAGCGUGUUAGUGCUGUGCUGAUAGGGUAGAGCUAUAGAGAUGCAGUGCUGAUUGGGCAGAGCUAUGGGAAUGCAGUGAUAGUGAGUGCAGUGCUGAUAGCAGUCAUGGCUGUCUUUAGAUUAUCAAGCAGUUGCACUCAUCCUAGGUUCAUUAAUCCAUGAUAAUUAUUCCAUAGAUGUCCAUUUAUUAUCCUCAUCAAACCCUUCCCGUUAUUUAAUUCCAGAAACUGUCCUAUUACCAAAGGAGAAAAUGACGAAUAAAGUAAUUGGAAUAUUCUCAAGGGAAAGCGACGACACAUACAAAUGGUUAUCUGACUAUCUCCAGUCUCUCCCCAGAGUUCGGGAAGUUAAUAAAAUUUACAUUGGUAAUAACAGCUCCCAAAUGUUUAACGAGGGACUCCAUUCAAGCCAUUUUGCCAUUUUGUAUCAUUCGAAGAACAGAGGAAGAAUUAAUAUCACGGAUGUGACAGACUCUCUGUAUGAUAAGGAACUGGAGAAAUUGUCAAAUAAGCUCGGUAAGAGGGAUGACGUGGGAUAACAUGAGAUAACACGGGAUCACAUAGGCUAACAUGGAAUAAUGGGAUAACACAGGCUAACUUGAGAUAAAACACGAUGACACAAGAUGCAUGGAAUAACACAGGAUUACAUGGGGUAACACAGGAUAGUCACGGCAAGGGUGCCUAAAUCAUUUAUUGCACUAUGGAAUAUUGUCCUUUAAUGUAAUUUGGGUAAUAAAUUAAGGUCCCGCUGGCCUGGCAGAGAUGGUAUUGUCAAUGUCAAAAGAUGCAAGGUGUGAGAUUCUACACUUGAAAAGCCUGAUGUCUAGCUUCAGCCAUUUGGCCUGUACCUUUUCAUUGAUGAGAGGAUUUCUUUGAUAUGUUAAUGAUCAUAAGCCUUUUGUUCAAGUAUCAUAUCCAAAAGAAACAGUAAUAUGUACCCACAUAAUAAUGAAGCCUCAUUUUUUUAUAUUUAGAAUAGGACAAACACCAUGUUCUCAACAAGCCCAAACAUAAAAGCAUUACUUAACCACAUAGGAAAGGAUUGUGAUGUCAAUUAUAUUGGGUCACAAGUAAGGUGUGUGACAUAUCUAUGGAAUGGAAAAAUAAUAAAUUAAUAGAUGCAAUUAUUAUUUCUGGGCCUGGUACAUAAGAGAAGAUAGAGCCAAAUGUUUUCAUUUGGAUUGAUGGGGGUCUGGACACAAGGGGGUGGUCGCUUAGUGUCUCUACGCCUUAACUCCACCUCUGGGUGAGGCGUGGUAAUCCACAAGGUAUAUCUUUAAUGAAACUGAAGUAUGCCUGGUAAUUUCUUGGGAAUCUAAUUCUAAGCAAUUCACCAUCUUUCCUACCAGAGACCCCCUGGGGCAGAAGUGUUACUUUGAGUAAGUGAUAGGUGAUAGGGACUUCUGUUAUUUUAUCCCUUUUGUUUUUAUCUGUUGUUGGUGUAAAUAAUUUGUUUAUCAUCUAUUUUUUGUAUGCACUGUGACCAUUCUUGUUGCUCAUAAUAAAUAUUCCUAUAUUAAGUUUUGCCUUUGUCUGAUGAAAGAAUCACAUUACCUGAAGAGACUAAUUAGUAUUUUGCAAUUACAUAGAUAUUGUGCUAAGUUAUAUUUGGUGGCUUUUUAUUAUUGAUUUAACUGGGAGACCACGGCACCCCAUUUAUAAAUUGUCUUGGUGGUGGCAGAGUUAAAAUAGUAAAGGUUAUAUUAUUAUGUUUAAGUGUGGGUGGUGUUAAGGGGGAUUUUGUUAUUAUUUCCGGUCUAGUGCAGACAAGUAGUGAACUUUAACCCUUUCACAACUACGUCACGCACACUGUUGACUCCCCAAUGAUUACAUGGGGUAACACCGGAUAGCACAAGGUAACACAGAAUAACAUGGGACGACACAGGAUUACAUGGGAAGAUACAAGAUAACACAAGAUAACACAGAAUAACAUGGGAUACCAUGUUAGCUUACUCUGUGAUACAUGUACCAUAAUAGGUGCAUGUAUAUGUACAUUUAAGAACUUUAUACCUAUAAAAAAAAAAGACUGGCUCUCAUUCUAAUAUAAUAUCUCAUGGAUGGGGGUUCCUGUAAAAACAUCUGCCUAAAGGUCAGUACUGACUGCGCCAGGUGCCCACUUACCUUUCAUUUACCAGAGAAUUAAUUAAAAUGUUUUUUCAGAUCAGCUUUUUAUGCCCAGUUCAGCAUUGCAGCUAACUGAUGUAAAACAUCUUCAAAAAAACUAACCACAAGAAGUCAUUAAAGUCACUGUUAUAGUGAAUAUAAAUACUCAUCAAAUGUGUCACAGUUUACCGGGAGUUGGAGCCCAGGUGCAGGAGAUGGCACAAGGAGGCAAAACUAAAGAACAGUACUGAUGAAGGGGACAUCCAAAGGCAGGGUGAGGCGAGAAGCAGAAGUCAGGGCAGCGGAAUAUCAUAGUCGGUAAGGCAAGCAGAGGUCAAAGUCCAGGAAACCAGUCAGCAAGGUAGCCUACAUCCAGCAGAAAACACAAACAAUCAGAUACUAGGCCUCAGGCAGAACUGGGUUUUACAGCCUGUUGAUUAGGAACAGCUGAGUCUAAUUGGUAAAGGGCUGCAGGUGGAUUAAUAAUCUAGACAUUUCACAGUUUGUCUGUCAUUAUAGGGAAGAAAAGAGUCAUAGUGGUGGUUGACAACUUGGAGGACAGCAGCAAUGCAAAGAAAACGUUGAUACUGGAGAAACAGCCAACUAUUGCAAGAUUGGCCACAGAACUCUUCCUCUUCAGCACAGAGGAGAUGGCAACUUUUGAUAAGGAAUCUCCAAGUCAACAUUCAAGUAGUCCCAGAGCCCAGAAGCUGUUAAACAUGGAAGAAAUAAUAUUUGGAAAAGGUUAGAAAGAACCCUAUCUAAGGAUGACAAAUUUCUUAAUGCCACUAAAUGUGUCUGUAGUGUACGCAUUCACACAAAGAUUCAUAAAACACGAGGUCGAUCAUUCCCAAACAGUAAAUGUCACAGAGGUAAACUGACAAUCGGGGCUGCUCACUGGAGUGGGAAGGUUCCUUCAAAAUUUUGGAAAAUCCACCAAACUCAAACUAUAGAUAUUUUCUAAGGGUAAUUUGGUGGCACAUUCUGAACUCUGGAUAUGGGGCGUGAUUGAUGUAGUCAUUUUUGUUUUGCACUUGUUUAGUGCACUUUUACUUAUAUUGCACAUUUAAGCAUUUUUUUGCUCAUGUGAAAUGUCACUUUAAUUAGGGUGAAGUUGUAUAUUGUGUAUUACAAUUUCACUCUAUUUGUGUGUUAUAAAUUAAUAUAUCUUAAAGACACAGUGCACCUUAAAUUUAUAGUUUAUUCAGUACAGUGUGUUUUUUGGGCUAGUGCAUUUUAAGGUGUUGCUUUUUUUGCAUUUAUUUAUUUAUUUAUUUAAAUAUCAACUUUCAGUACCUUAUUCACUCGUUUAUUACUAUUAUCUUUCUGUAAUUGACUGCAUGAUCCUCUAAUCAUCAUUAGCAGGCCCGAAUUCCCAGGGUGAUCCCAGGGCCCUAACUUUAUCUCCACAAUCCUAUUUCUAUAAAUAGGAUUGUGGAGAUAAAAAUCAUAAUUGUAUGUCUCUUUAUUUAUUGCAGCACCAAAAAUGUCUACAAAACACAAGAAUAACAUGGACACUCCAAAGCACAGUAAAAAAGUAAAAGGUGAGUCAGAACAAUAGUCACCUGGGAUUCAGAUCACAUGGUUGGACGCUCAUUCAGAAAACAGGCAUCAACUCCUCCAUACACCAUCAGUAGGCCCAAUUUCCCCAUUCUACCCCUUGCUGACCCCAGGGCCCUAACUUUAUCUCCGCAAUCCAGCCCUGCCUUCUCAGUGCUAUGCAAUAUCGAAAAUGAAAAAGAUUGAACACGACUGGUUACUGCAAAACAUAGCUUGAUAAUCAUAUUGUUGUGUCUAUUUACAACCGUGAUAGGACGUUCAAAAAAAAAAACGAGCAUGGUCACCCCAAAACAUGGUGAAGAAGUAAAACGAGAUACAGAAGAAGAUACAGAUCGUGUGGGAGUACCGUCAGCUUCAGAUGUUUCCAAAGGUCAGACAACCGUAGCUUCCAAACACCAUUAGUAGGCCCAGCUUCCCCCUUUGCCACUCGGUGACCCCAGGGCACUAAGUAUAUCUCCCCAAUCCAACCCUGCCUCCUCAAAACAUUAAACAUGACUGAUUUCUACAAAACUCUGGGAUUUAUAAUCAUGUUUUUAUGUCUCUUUAUUUAUUGCAGCAUCAAAAAUGUCUACAAAACACAAGAAUAACAUGGACACUCCAAAGCAUAGUAAAAAGAUAAAAGGUGAGUCAGAACAAUAGUCAUCUGGGAUUCAGAUCACAUAGUUGAACGCUCAUUCAGAAAACAGGCAUCAGUAGGCCCAAUAAAAGAUGAAUCAGAAGAUAGGUGUGAAAUCUCUAUGACAGAUCGUGUGGUUGUACAGUCAGAAAAUAUGCUUUAGCUGUUUCAAAAAGUCAGACAACCGUAGCUUCCAAACACCAUUAGUAGGUCCAACUUCUCACUUCCACCCCUCAGUGACCCCAGAGCACUAAGUAUAGCUCCCCAUUCCAGCGCUACUUUAUCAGUGUUGAUAUGAAUGAGGAGAACAUCUAAACAUGAUCUAUUCCUGAAAACCACAAAUCAUCACAAUGACAUUGUAACACCCCAAAAACAUGAACAAGUGACGAGACUGCAACAAUUCCUAGUAGCGGAUUCUUGAAUAAUGCCAGACCCAUUAGGAGUAAAACCAUUGGCUGCACUAUAUAACGAAACAUGACCAGAGAUUGGGCUGGACCCAGUGACAGGCCUUGUCACCAAAGCUUGUCAGACUAAACAUGAGAAGGUUUAUUCAAGAAACCCAUCAAUUGUGGAGAAUUGUGUGAAUUUCACAUUUAAAGCCCAAAAGGUUGGAGAAAUAAUGAAUUAGAGAUUUUCUAAUACAGUAAAUUUAGGUUACAAUUUCCAAUUCUCUUAUAAAUUCACCCCAAUUCUCAGCCCAAUCAGUAAUUUUUAUUUUAUUUGUAGAGUUCCAACAUAUUCUUCUGAGAAUUAUUUUAUCUGAAUAUCUAACCAUACAAGCCUUUCUUAUAGUGGUUAUUAUUACAGUGUCAAUACAUUUUAUCUAACAAACAUCUUUACUCUCUUUGUCUUAGGAAAAACGAAAGGAUCAAAGUAAGUAAUAUUUCAAUUGAAUUCUAGAAAUUGAUAUGUAAUAAUAUUUUACCAAUACACAUGCAGGCUUACUGACUAAAAUUAGACUUUCAGCAAAUUAAAUCCAAAUGACAAAACCCGGUCUAAAAUAGCUGAGGUAUGCUAUACCUGAGAUAGAGAAUUUCUCCAUAUCAGCUACUUUCCCCUAAAUGUUGCCAUUUAGAUGUCACUUGGUUCCAAUUCAGAUUUAGUGAAUAAACCCACAAUCUCUAGACAUAGAGGUUAUUUCAGUAUAGAUUGCCUGGUCACCUUGCACUUUGUGGCCCUCGCUCUUUUCCCUCCUCGCCCUUCUGUUCUCCCCCUUGCUCUACAACCUUCUCAAUACCCCACCGAUCGACCCUUUUACUCAAUAGUCCAUAUCUUCUUCUCUUCCUCUCUGAUACGCAUACAAUUAAUAUGUCGCCUUUUAAAGAGUGCGCUUUGCCAGAGAAAUAGUUUCAUGCAAAAUUGACGUUGCAGUCCUGUGACUUUAGAAUCUUGAAACUGCUUAAAAAGCAAAAGAACCGGGCCUACAUAAAGAGUUAUUAGUAAUGACCCAGACUAUGUAAAGGGUUACUGGCUAUGGUACAGAGAGUAAAAAAAAAUAAUUGAACAUUAUAAGUCUGCCUUCCAGUUCUAAGAUGUCAAAGAACCAUUUUUAUUUCCUCCUUCUCUGUGUGAGAUCCAUCCAAUUUAUGCUGCAUGUCCAACUAGGACGGACUGUCUGCUCCCCUGGAGAGAGGCGAGCUUAGAAACGUCUCCUGUUAGCUCCACAGAUCGCUGCACACAGUCUGUGUAUACAAUGUGUUUAAAAAGUAUUGCAGAGAGCAUAAAUAUAAAUUUUGGAACUUAUCAGGUAUAAGCAGAACUCAAUAAAAACACAUAGGCUGUGUACACAUAGCUGAUGUGUUGUGUGGGUUUGUCUUAAUGACCUUCAGAGUGUUUUUCUGACCUGCUUGGAGACCCCCUGUGCCUGGCUUGUGGUUUAGAAUAAUAGGAGUAGUAAGUCCAAGUAGUUUGUAUUCUCCUGAGCUAGACCUGUGGUCCAGUAUGUAUUAUUUUAGUUCCAGCUCGCGGCUGUUGCUGUAUCCCCCUGUAUAUCCCGCCAGGUGCCGCUGUGCCGUUUAGGGAGGAAGGGUGGACUGGAUCUCAAAGGUGUCAGAAACAAAAGAGGACAGAUCGGUAAUCGUUCGCUCCUAUGCAUUUUGUGAGAGGUUUUCACUUCUUCAGAGAGCAUAGGCGAUUACCGACCUACUGCUAAGGCUCUAUAUACCCGUUCGGGUGGUAGGGUUGCCCUCUUGCGAUCAGGACUUUAUUCUCUAAGACAAACCUAAGGAUAUUAAUGAAAUACAUACAAAUCUAAAAGUAUAACAUUUAAAAAUAUAACAACAAUUUGAUCAUUGAAUGGCUUAAAUGGUGACAUUGUAUACUUUGUGCAUUUGUUUACAUAGUUGGGUAGCAAUUUCUUUUUUUAGGUUGUUGUUUUUUCUUUUUUGGGGGGUUGUUAGUCUCUAGGUAUUUUUAUUAUAGGAUUUUCCGUAUUAUUUUUACAUGCUACCCAACAUUUGUAAACAAAUGCACUGAGGAAACAAUUAUCGGAUUAAUGUGACCGAUUGCACUCAAUGUUUGCUGAUAUUUGCCCUUUAUGUAAUUCUUGUGGUUUUCAUAUUUAUUUUGCCAAUUUCUUUUAUUUCUCAUUAUCUUCAUACUGUAUUGGGUUUUAACUGACUGGAGAAUUUUAAAACCACAUUAAAUCUCUUUUUUCAGAUCUACUUUCUGUGGCUGUACUAUAAGCUAAAUUGAAACUCGGUGAGCAGCAGAUAAAACUGAAAGAACACAAUUGUAAUUCAUUCUGUCUUCACCCAAUGGACCAACCUGCAUGUUCCAUCCACCAAAGAAAUCAGUAUACAUCAUUCAACCUCCACACGGAACAAUGUGUGUCAUCCAACCAACAAACAGACCAACGUGCAUUAUCCAACCACCAAACAGACCAGCAUGCACCAUCCAACCACCAAACGGACCAGCAUGGGCCAUCCAACCACCAAACGGACCAGCAUGGGACAUCCAACCACCAAAUAGACCAACAUUUGUAAUCUUACAUCCAAACAGACCAGUAUGUACCAUCCAACCACCAAACAGACCAGCAUGUACCAUCCAACCACCAAACAGACCAGCAUGCACCAUCCAACCACCAAACAGACCAGCAUGGGCCAUCUAACCACCAAAUGGACGAACAUUUGUCAUCCUACCUCCAAACAGACCAGCAUGCUUCUGUCGGGCUCCCGCGGGCGGCUGCGAGGGGAUGCUGCACUCCGCUCGCAGUACUCACCCUCCAGCCGUCCGCGGUCCCCUCCGCCUCGUGGGUACGGCGAGCGGCGUCCUUCCAGCCUCGGAUGCCGCCCGCCGUUCCCUCCACGUCCCCCAGCGGCAGCAUGCAUGACGCUGCACGCUGGGAGACCGCCCAGGUUUAUACACGCCGGGGUCAGUCACCUGACCCGGCGUUAAAGGCACAGUGCCUCAAUCACAGUGGGAGGUCUAAAUAUCUCCCACGUGUGAUUGUUAAUUCUGAUUGGAAAUUAUCCAAUCAGAAUUAACCUG